AAACGCGUUUUGCAAAGAGAUCACUGUUGAGUCAGAGUCUUGUUCCUCCUUCUUCCCCCAUCAUUUUCCAUCGUCUUUUUUCUUGAUAUCACAGGAUUAGGGUUUUCAAAAACCCUUUUUUCUUCUUCUCUUCGACUUCACUCAACGGGGAAGAAGGGGUUUUCCGUGCGAUUUGGUUUUCUUUCACUGUGAGAUGUUUUCUUCUUCUUCUUCUUCUCAUUGCAGUUCAGUGAUCAAAUGGAGUUCCCUAGAGAAGUUUCUCUUCUUCGUGGUUCUGUUCUUGUGGCGAAGCGACGCCGUAUUGGCGGAUUCGGACGAAUCCGCUCUCCUUCGCCUGAAGGCAUCGUUCUCCGACCCCGCCGGCGUACUCUCCACAUGGACCUCUGCAGACGGCGCUGACUCUGGCUACUGCUCCUGGUCCGGCGUCCUCUGCAACGCAAACUCUCGGGUGGUCGCCGUCAACGUCACCGGAAACGGCGGCAGCCUCGGCAACGGAACCUCUCACCCGUGCACAGGUUUCUCUCAAUUCCCCCUUUACGGAUUCGGAGUUCGGCGAACGUGCAAAGGUAGUAAAGGUUCUCUCUUUGGAAACAUUUCUUCUUUUAAUUUCAUCAGUGAGCUCACAGAGCUUAGGGUUUUGUCUCUCCCCUUCAACGCGUUGGAGGGGGAAAUUCCUGAAGCAAUUUGGGGCAUGGAAAAGCUAGAGGUUCUCGAUUUAGAAGGGAAUCUGAUAACUGGAUAUCUUCCCUUUAGAAUUAACGGCUUGAGGAAGUUGAGGGUUCUGAAUCUUGGGUUUAAUAGGAUUGUAGGGGAGAUUCCUAGUUCAAUUUCGUCUCUUGAGAGUUUGGAGGUUUUGAAUUUGUCUGGUAAUGAAUUGAAUGGUUCUGUGCCUGGUUUUGUUGGGAGGCUUAGAGGGGUGUAUCUUUCGUUUAAUCAGUUCAGUGGGGUUGUUCCGCGAGAGAUUGGGGAGAAUUGUUGGAAGCUUGAGCAUUUGGAUUUGUCUGGGAAUUCGUUGGUUCAAGGGAUUCCGGUGAGUUUAGGGAAUUGUGAGAGGUUGAGGACGCUUUUGCUGUAUUCCAAUUUGUUGGAAGAGGGUAUUCCUAGUGAGCUUGGGAAGCUCAAGAGCCUUGAGGUGUUGGAUGUGUCCAGGAACACUCUCAGUGGUUCUGUGCCUGGAGAGCUUGGGAAUUGCUCGGAGUUGUCAGUCCUUGUGCUGUCAAAUCUCUUUGAUCCACGCGGGGAUGUCGCUGGUGAUUUUGGGAAAUUGGGUUCGGUGAAUGAUGAGCUGAAUUAUUUUGAAGGGUCAAUGCCUGUGGAGGUUUUGUCGCUUCCAAACUUGAGGAUAUUAUGGGCUCCCAUGGUGAAUCUAGAAGGCAGUUUUCAAGGGAACUGGGGUGGUUGUCAGAGCUUGGAAAUGGUAAAUUUGGCUCAGAAUUUUUUCAGUGGGGAAUUUCCGAACCGGCUUGGUGUCUGCAAGAGGCUGCAUUUUCUUGAUUUGAGUGGAAACAACCUUACUGGGGUUCUUUCUAAAGAACUUCGCGUUCCUUGUAUGAGCACGUUUGAUGUUAGCGGGAACAUGUUAUCUGGUUCAAUUCCUGAUUUCUCCAAUAUUGUUUGUCCCCCUGAACCUUCUUGGAAUGUCAACCUGUUUGAAGAUGGUAAUGUUUCUCCACCAUAUGCAUUCUUUUUUUUGUCAAAGGUUUGGGAGAAUUCACUUUUCACAGCAAUGGGGGGAGUUGGUAUUUCGGUUGCUCACAACUUUGCUCGAAACAACUUCAAUGGCAUUCUGUCGUUACCUAUGGCACGGGACAGGCUGGGGAAACAGAGCAGUUACACAUUUCUGGUCGGUGAAAAUAAUCUUACUGAAGCAUUUCCUACAUAUUUAUUUGAGAAAUGUCAUGGAUUAGAUGCAUUGCUUCUAAAUGUCAGUUAUAAUAGGAUAUCUGGUCAUAUUCCUUCCAGUCUCAGUGGGAUGUGCAGAUCAUUGGAAUUUUUGGAUGUGUCUGGAAAUCAGCUUGCAGGACCAAUUCCCGUUGAUUUAGGGAAUAUGGUCUCCCUUGCAUCGUUGAACCUCAGUAAGAAUCAGUUAGAAGGUCAGAUACCCACCAGCCUUGGCCAGAUAAAGAAUCUGAAGUUUCUUUCUUUGGCUGGUAAUAAGUUAAAUGGCUCAAUUCCGACCAGCCUGGGGCAGUUGUACUCUUUGGAAAUCUUGGACCUUUCUUCAAACUAUCUUACUGGUGAGAUUCCAAAGGCUAUUGAGAACAUGAGAAAUCUAACUGAUGUUUUGCUCAAUAACAACAAUCUUUCUGGUCACAUUCCUGGUGGUUUGGCAUAUGUCACUACACUCUCAGCCUUCAAUGUGUCUUUCAACAACUUAUCUGGAUCAUUGCCUUCUAAUAGUGGCUUGAUUAAAUGCAGCAGUGCUGUUGGGAAUCCGUUUCUAAGUCCCUGCCGUGGAGUUUCUCUAUCUGUGCCAUCAGGAAGUCAACUAGGUCCUAUUGAUGGCAAACCUUAUAAUGCAGCAGCAGAACAAGCCCCUGUCAAGGACAGUGGGAAUAGCUUGAGUUCCAUUGAAAUAGCAUCUAUAACUUCUGCUUCAGCCAUUGUUUCGGUACUUAUAGCCCUGAUUGUUCUAUUCUUUUACACACGGAAGUGGAAGCCAGGGUCCAGAGUUGUUGGUUCUACAAGAAAAGAAGUUACAGUGUUUACUGAUAUCGGGGUCCCGUUGACAUUUGAAAGUGUUGUUCAAGCCACAGGAAAUUUCAAUGCUGGCAACUGCAUUGGGAGUGGAGGUUUUGGGGCAACAUACAAGGCAGAGGUAGCACCAGGAGUACUGGUGGCAGUCAAACGACUGGCAGUUGGACGUUUCCAAGGUGUUCAACAAUUCCAUGCUGAAACCAAAACCCUUGGGAGGCUUCAUCAUCCUAAUCUUGUCACUCUGAUUGGUUAUCAUGCAUGUGAGACAGAGAUGUUUCUCAUAUACAAUUAUUUGCCUGGUGGGAAUCUUGAAAAGUUCAUUCAAGAGAGGUCCACAAGGGUCGUGGAUUGGAGGAUUCUUCACAAGAUUGCAUUGGACAUAGCCCGUGCACUCGCCUAUCUGCAUGAUCAGUGUGUUCCCCGAGUUCUUCACCGCGAUGUGAAGCCCAGCAACAUCUUGUUAGAUGACGAUUUCAAUGCUUAUCUAUCGGACUUUGGAUUGGCUAGACUUCUGGGAACAUCAGAGACACAUGCCACCACUGGUGUAGCCGGAACAUUUGGGUAUGUUGCUCCUGAAUAUGCCAUGACAUGCCGUGUUUCUGACAAGGCUGAUGUGUAUAGCUAUGGUGUGGUGCUUCUGGAGUUGCUCUCAGACAAGAAGGCAUUGGACCCUUCAUUUUCUUCUUUUGGAAAUGGAUUCAACAUAGUGGCAUGGGCAUGCAUGCUACUGAAGCAAGGAAGGGCAAAUGAGUUCUUCACUGCUGGGUUAUGGGAAGCAGGACCUGGAGAUGAUUUGGUAGAGGUUCUUCACUUGGCUAUUGUCUGCACUGUUGACUCUCUCUCUACCAGACCUACUAUGAAACAAGUUGUCAGAAGGCUUAAGCAGCUUCAACCCCCAUCAUGCUAGCCCGCUUCUGUGGCUUCAACUUUUUAACAUUAUUAAUCUUAGAAAUAUUGUAAUUUGUAAUUUAGCAUUUUUGUGGAUUUAGGUUGAGUUUCUAAUUUGUACUUAUUCUCUCCCUGUACAUUUUUAUAUAGUUGUAGCUCCAAUUUUCCCGUACUCUCUUGAUUAGGUUAGGGGGCCUGCUGUUGGUUCUGCAGAAGAAUGCAGAUAUUUGAUUUCCCCUGCAUUACAUGUCUAUUUGUUCAAUAAAAUUGAAGAAUAGAUUAUGUUUUUUCAA